CUGGGCCUGGCUCUGUGCCGGGCGGGCGGACGGGCGCCGAAGGGGAGCUCAAGGAGACGGGGGCGCGGGCUAGCGCCAUGCCGGGCUCGCUGGAGGUGCCCUCGCUGGAGGAGCUCGGUGUGCAGGAGGUGAGCGUCAGCUCCUCGGUGCUGAAAGCUGCAGCCCAUCACUAUGGCUCGCAGUGUGACAAGCCCAACAAGGAGUUCAUGCUGUGCCGCUGGGAGGAGAAGGACCCCCGGAAAUGCUUAAAGGAAGGGAAGCAAGUCAAUCAAUGUGCACUAGAGUUUUUCAGGAAGAUUAAGGCACACUGUGCAGAACCUUUUACUGAAUACUGGACUUGUAUUGAUUAUACCAACCUUCAAGAGCUUCGUCGUUGCCGAAAACAGCAGCUGGCAUUUGAUAAUUGUGUGCUGGAGAACUUGGGCUGGGUGAGACCUGAUCUGGGAGAGCUGUCUAAGGUCACAAAAGUGCAGACAGACCGACCUAUCCCUGAGAAUGUCUAUCAUUCCAGACCAAGACCAGAGCCAAAUCCGCCCAUUGAAGGAGAUUUGAAGCCUGCUAAAUAUGGCAGCAGGCUUUUUUUCUGGAACUGGUAAAAUGGGACCGACAACUCUGUAAAGAUCCAAGGGAAGAAGAAGGGAAAUGAAGUGACUAAAUCAACAGGAAUUCAGCAGAGCUUUCCUGGCCCAUCAUUCAAAAAGACCAUGAGGACAGAGGAGUGGCUAGGCUAGCCAGACUUCGUAUACCUUGGGGUGUGAGCAGUGCCUCCUUAACUAUUCUGCUUUGAAAAGGUGGUAGAAAAAGUAUUAGGACAAAAUUGAGCAUCAUCUUUUGGCCAACUAUAUUGUUGACCAGUUUGGAGCUGAAUUUCAAGAUGGCCCUAUUUUAAAACCGGCAGUUAGCAAGUUCGAUCAACUUCAGGUCCAUGGUUCAUCUCUUAAAUGAAAAGACUAAAACUUGUCCAUCUCCAUCCUCCAGUACUCUAGGUAUUCAGAAACCGUGUGCAAGAAUUGUUCGGGUUAAAAACAAUGAGGUCAGGUUAGCGUAUAGUCAAAGGAAAUAUAAUUACAAGAUGUGUUCCUUUUCAAUUUAAUAGUUUAGUGCAAAUGAUCCGUGCAUGCCAUUUUUGUGUGGCUUGCUUAAUGAAUUCAGCUCUUUUACGGUGCAAAGGUUUUGAGCUGAAAGGAAAAAUAUAAUAAAUGGAAGUUGAUUUGGUAUUAUGAGCUGGAACUACAGCAUAACUUCUGCUACAUUUGAUUUGAAUAACUUUUGAAUGUUUAAAAUGUAUUCAGAUUCAGUAAAAAUUCUUAAUUUACACAUUAUUUUGGGAUGGAAGAGUGACUUAC